AUGAGUAUUCAUGGAACUACCAAUUGCGAUUUAUACUCUAACCUGCUUCACUAUGAUGACUCUGAGUUUCUUAUUCUUUCGUUCAAUGCCCGCUCUCUGUCUAAUAAAAUUAUUCAUCUUAAAACUCUUUUAUUCCUUGUUAAUCCAACCAUUGUACUUAUUACGGAAACGUGGUGUAAUUCAUCUAUAUCCGAUCAUUCCUUGAAUGUAGAUAACUACGUUUUCUUUAGAACCGAUAGAUGUUAUGGAAUAGGAGGCGGUACAAUUAUCUAUGUCCGUUCAGACAUUCAAGCGUGCAAAUUUGAGGAUAAAUCCCUUGAUGCUAUAGACGACUCCACUUGGGUUACUGUAAACUGUGGAUCCCAAAAUUAUUUACUUGUGGGAUGCAUAUAUAGACCACCUCAUGCGGAUACUAAGUUUGACAAAUUACUAACAAACAUAUUUUCCAUUGCUUCGCACCAACCGCAUACUUUUAAAAUCAUCGGAGGCGAUUUUAACCUGCCAAAAAUUAAAUGGGGCUUGACUCCGGUACCAGGUCGAUAUAACAAGCUAGUUGA